AUGAAAUUAGUUUUGCCAGCUAUCAUCUCUCCUUCCCAACAUGCCUUCAUCUCUGGAAGGUUUAUGUCAGACAAUAUUCUCCUCAGUCACGAGCUUCUCGAUAAGAUCAACAAUAAGAGGAAAGGAAGUGAAUAUUUGGCAGCCAUCAAAAUUGACAUGAGUAAAGCCUAUGAUCGGGUUCAUUGGGAUUUUCUUCUUUAUAUUCUCAGGGCUUAUGGGUUUCCAAAUCACUGGCUUCAGUUAAUACAUCAAUGUAUUUCUACGGUCUCUUACAAAGUUUUGCCAGAUCUUACAUCUUCUCAAGGAAUUAGACUCACAAGGGGUUGUCCGCAGAUUUCACAUCUUUUCUUCGCUGAUGAUGCUCUCCUGUUCUUCAAAGCAAAUAAGGAUAGUUGUGCUCAUGUCACUAAUAUUAUUAAUAAAUUUUGCAGCAUCUCAGGGAAACAACUGAACCUUCAGAAAUCUUAUUUCAAACUUAGUUCUAACACUCCAAUGCUGGAACAGAGUGCUUUUCGAGAUAUCUUGCCAAUGAAGAAGGUUUUAAACAUAGGUUCGCACUUAGGAGUUCCUAUUGACAUUAUGGGGAGAAAGAGCACACAUUUCCAAUUUAUUGUUGAUAAGGUAAUUAACAAGGUCACCUCUUGGAAUUCAGUUAACCUCUCUCAAACUCAAAAGCUUAUUCUCAUUAAUUCAGUACUCAUUGCAAUGGCUUCCCAUAUCCUCAACUGUAUGGAAAUUCCGCUUUCCAUUUCUUACAAGGUUGACUCUAUUUUGGGAAGAUUUUUUUGGGCUAAUAAAGAAAAUUCUGGGAUGCAUUGGGUGAGAAGAAAUAUUAUCCAACUUCCUAAAGGAUUAGGAGGUUUGGGAAUCCGGAGUAUGGUUACCCUUAAUAAGGCACUUUUAAUGAGACAAGCAUGGCGCAUUCAUAAAUCUCCUAAUUCUUUGCUCGCUAAAGUCUGUAGGGGGAGGUUUACUUCCCCUCUUGCAACUGGGAAUGUUAGUGCUCCCACAAAUCAAAGAUUGUCCUGGGGUAUGAGAGGAAUUUGGAAAGCCAGUAUUUUACUUCAUCGAGGUUGUCAAUGGAAAAUUGGGAAUGGGAUGUUUGUCCGGGCAGGGAAGGAUAAAUGGGUAAAUGGUAGAGUUCCAGAGUUCAAUUCAAAUGUUACCCUCCAUAACGCUAUGACUUGGAAAGUAAAUCAUUUCAUUCUUCCAACGGGUACUGGGUGGGACCUCCAAAAAGUCAACUCUUGUUUCGAGCAUGUUGAUGCUAGAGAAAUUGCUGCAAUGGAAUUACCGUCUACUACUGCAGAAGAUUUUCAAUAUUGGCGCUUCCAUAAGUCGGGUAGGUUCACUGUCAAAACGGAUUACGCCAUGCUAGCAAUCGAGGACAAUGGCUUAGCUACACCUCAUCAAGGUAUUGAUUCCUUUAAGAUUCUUUGGGCGCUCAAGAUCCUUCCAAAAUGGAAACUUUUCUUGUGGAAAGUGCUUCACAAAGGACUUGCUACAAAGCGAAACAAGUGUGGAGGUUUGGAUCUCUUGCGAUCCAUUCAGAAGUCUAUGAGGACCUUUCCUUUGUUGAAUGGGUUCUUUACUAUAUCCGACUUUUCCAAUGCCAGGAUGGCAAAGAUAGUCCGAGGACUAUUUACUUUAUUGCUUCUAUUUGGGUCGUUGCCUAACUUACGUUUUCUUCAUCCACCAGAGACUGACCCGAUUUAUCCUCCAGGGUUUUACAGAGCAAUACUUACUGGUGUAGAAAUGGAAGGAUCGGUAGAGGUUAUCCAGGUAGAUGGUUCAUGGAAAAGGUGA